UAAUGUCAUCAACUCAGAGACGGAAAAGGAAGCGUCCCCCCCUAGUUAAAUGAAAGUCAAUGAACUAAGAAGACCAGACCCAUCUGCUAUUGCAUUGGUGUCAGUUAAGUAGACCUGAAUUUACAAUUUAUGUUCAAUGGUAAACGGACAGAGUGAACAAUCUUAAUUUAUCUGCCAUCUUUAAUCAGUUGUCAAGACACAAGUGUGUCGCUAACACUACGAACAUAUACUUCAUUUCGUUGAAGAGAGAUGGCGCUAAUUGGAGUGCAGCUGGUGGUCAGCUUGCUGGCUGCUAGCAUCAUGCAGAGAAUGACUCCACACUGUUCUUUUGCCCGCUGGCUUCUAUGCAAUGGCAGUCUAUUCCGGUUCAAACACCCCUCUGAAGGAGAGCUGUGCGCCCUGGCAGGCAAACAGAUGCCCAGCAAGCCCAGCAGGAGAGACAGGAGACAGAAUGGGGACAGCAAGCCUCUCACAGUGCCGAAGGACAUCGACCUUAACUUAGAAAAAGCUCCAAUUGGUGUCCUUGAUGCCCUUGUACUGCGAUUCUUCCUGGAGUACCAGUGGUUGAUUGACUUUGCAGUGUAUGCGAUGGGCAUCUACCUUUUCACUGAGGGCUACUUCUGUGUAGUUGACCCUGCCAUGGAGGUCCACAUUGGGGCCUUCUGGUGUGUGCUGACUGUUCUCUGCUGCCUGAAAACCCUCCACUCCCUGAUGGGCCACUAUUUCCGGUCUGACGAGGGGGGUGAGCGUUCAGUGUGCUUGGCCUUUGGUUUCCUAUCUCUGCUGGUGGCCAUGUUGGUGCUAGUGGUCAGAGAAGACUACCUGGAGUUUGGCCUAGAGCCUGGUUUUAACAUUCUUUUUGUCAACCUUGAAGUUUUCGCAAAACAGCAAGGCUUUGCUGAGUGGUUAGUCCCGGUGACCAAGCUGACUGUGAAGUUGGGUCUGGCUGCCAUCUGUGCUUUUAUUGGUGCUUUGCUGGCCUUCCCUGGCCUCCGCCUAGCCCAGACCCACCUGGACGCAGUUCAGAUGAACUCAGACCGCCCAUUCAUCCAGAUUCUGUUGCACAUUAGUUUUCUGGCUCCAGUGGUGGUGAUCGUGUUGUGGAUCAAACCCAUCGCUAGGGACUUCCUGGGUAAUGCUCCCACGGGGAAGACCUCGGUCACGCUUAUGUCAAGCGUGAUGUUUGACAGUGUUCGUCUGUGGACGGUGGUGGUGCUGUGCUGCCUGAGGCUGGCCCUGACCCGCUACCACAUGCAGGCCUACCUCAACCUGUCCCAGAAGUGGGUGGACCAGAUGAAGAAGGAGGCAGGACGCAUCGCUGCCAUCGAUAUCCAGAGGAAGGUGACCCGAGUGUUCUGCUACCUGACCAUAGUCACCCUGCAGUACGUGAUCCCUGUUCUACUCCUCCUCUUCUCUACCCUGGCUCUGAAGGUCCUGGGUGACUUCUCAUGGAGUGGUGCGGAGCAGGCUCCGGGGGUGACUCCUGCCCUGGUAAUGCCCACAGUCACUCCCGUCCUGCCAGGGCUGGAGGAGGACGAGGAUGGGGUGGAGUACAUGGAGGAGGACAUCCAGGCCACGGUGGCUCGUCUGACAGAGGGCUUCUCAGCCCUGCGCUCCAUCCUCACCCCACUCUUCUUCAGAGGCCUCUUUGCCUUCCUUACCUGGUGGGUGGCCGCCUGCCAGGUCAUCAGCAGCCUGUUUGGCAUCUACUUCCACCAGUACCUCAUGCAGAACUGAGGAAGAAUACACAGAACUACACUAUCCACAAUACCUAGCUAACACAAGCCCAGUGCGAUGUAGGCAGGUAAAACUCUUUAACACAACAGAAGGACAGGAUGGGUGCUCUUGUCUUACUGUAACUAAGGUGUCACGGAUGUGAAAAAAAGACAUGAGGCUUUCUUCUGACACACUACUACUUUGUUGUCCUGUGGGACACAGAUGAUGUUGCCUGUGACUGCCUGGGGACUAUGAUGGAGAUGCAGUAUAAUGGGGACUGAACUCUGUCCCUUGCAUCUUAAGCCAGUGUUAACCUUAUUCAUUUUUCAUCACACAAUAUUGUUAAAUGCUGCAAAUGAGACUUUACUAUUAGGAAAAAGGUACCACUAUUAGACAGAUUCAGAAGCUCUUUAAAAUUGUCGUCCUAUAGUUACAUUUUUUUUAACCUUUAUUUAACCAGGCAAGUCAGUUAAGAACAAAUUCUUAUUUUCAAUGACGGCCUAGGAACAGUGGGUUAAACUGCCUGUUCAGGGGCAGAACGACAGAUUUGUACCUUGUCAGCUCGGAGGUUUGAACUUGCAACCUUCCAGUUACUAGUCCAACGCUCUAACCACUCGGCUACGCUUCCGCCCCUGUUCUAAUACCGUACCGAUUGUCAUGAACCCAUGGCGUUCAGUCUAUGUAGCAGUCAUCACCACUUGUGUAUGGAUUGAUCAAACUCGGGCCUUGCCUGUUCAUUCUCCUUAAUCAUUUAUACCCACCUUUUUAAACGAAGCACAGAGGAUCAGUUACUGAGUUUAUUUAAUGAAGGGAUUCAGAGGAAUUCCAAGUGCCUGGAAACUCAGGGAUUUUAAGUCAAUGAUAUGAUCUUUUUUCAUUAAAUGUUUUUUUUUCCUCUGUAAAAUGGUAGUCUCAGUCUCAGCAAAGUUUGUUAGUUGUUUGAACAAGGUACUUUGUCUUUUAUUGCUACCAAGCUCUGGAUAAGAGCGUCUGCUAAAUGACUUAAAUGUAAAUGUAAAUAAUUUACAGAUGUAGGCUUAGAACAAAUCUCGCUUAAACCUAGGUCUGAAAUGCGUUGCUGAUUGUAGUGUCAACGUGUUAAUUUAUUUUUAAUGUAUUUAUUUCUACUAUAUUGCCCCUGGUCAUAUUGUGUUGGAAAGGUACAGGUGUCGUGCUGCUGUGCGUUUCGGUCAUGGUUUAUGGCACGUGUGAUUUAUUUGAUUUCAUGUUCGCUAAUCAUUUCACGGUGUGUGUGGUUUGUAUGAAGAUGCUGUUUUUACAAUUAAGAGACUUCUGAAUGCAUGGCGUUAACUUUAGUUGUGUAUAAGUGUUUUUAUUUGGUUGUGUGCCUUAAUUUAAUAUUUUUAUGAUUCUUUUCAACCUUUAUUUUUAGUAUGCCAAAAUCACAUGUUUUGAUUAUCCCAGCAAAUUGUAAAUUUCAGAUUUUAUUUUCUCCCAAUGACUUAUUUUCUGUUCUUAUAAAGCAUAGGAGAUAAGGGUGAUAAAAGAUGGGGGUCCUUCAAAGUUAAUCAUUUGACAAAAGACCAUGCAUGACAAUGGUAGCUGCUGAAUUGGGCAUUCACCUCUUGACCUUAAUCAUUGAUAAUUGCCUUGCACUUAUUCUGUCAACAAUCUGAUAUAGACAAAUAUUUUAUGUAAGUAUAUUUAGAUUUUUCGAUCGUAGUAUGUUCAAUAUCAUAUAGCUUUGUAGCAAUGUGAUGCUAACUUGUCAAAUUUCUCAAAUGGUAUAUUUUUGUGGAUAUCACUUAUUGUGAAAUAAUAUUGGUAAAACCAGCUUGCUAUUGUACAGCGCUAAUGGACAUGACCGUCCCUCAGACGUGACACAGCCAGAAAGGCCCGUGGAGCUGACUUUAAAAAAUAAUCUUUUUUUAGCUUUAUUUAACUAAUCAAGUCAGUUAACACAUUCUUAUUUUCAAUGACGGCCUAGGAACAGUGGGUUAACUGCCUGUUCAGGGGCAGAAUGACAGAUUUGUACCUUGUCAGCUCGGGGGUUUGAACUUAGUCCAACGCUCUAACCACUACGCUACCCUGCCGCCCCAAUGAUUUAUUGAAGAUUUAGUGAGGGACUGACUUAUCUGAGCCUUCACGUGCUGGUGAGGUGGGAAUGUUUCAUUGGAGGAUAUCGAUAGUGCUCAAGCACAGAACUAGAUGGAACCAGAUAACACAUUGGAACUUUGUUAUGGAUGGCUAAGAUUCUGAUCUUGAAUGUCUGUUUCACUAACAGUCUUUUUCUGUUUGACAACAUUGUUUUAUAAUUGUUGAGUGAAAUUUCUGAAAAAAUGCUUUUCAGAUCACGGUGCAUUUUACAAUGUCAAAACAGCUAUUAUGAGUACUUUGACAUCCUUCUGAGAAUUUUCUACCUAACCCUCUUGCUCCUCCUGGUAUAAGGCCUAUAUAAAAUGUAUGUGGCGGGACUUGCUCUGCUCUUAAGGCCAGGCAGAUUCAGGUCUUUACUAGCCUCUGACAGGUCUGGGAGAGUGUCUGGCUUAAUGAACUGGAAGGUGACAGGGUUGACAUAUCUAUAUAAUCACAUUAAUUAUGUGCAUGUGUUUGGAGGCCCCCAGUCUGCAGCCUGCAGCCGCCAUGGCUGUUGCUAUAGGGACCAGGCAGCGACCAGACAACGGCGGCUUCAGUCAUGCCCUGCAGACUGGCCCUAUCCUCAGGGGAGCUGCCCAGACACCACCCCUGUGACUCUUUUCAUUUGGGGAGCAGAGGCCAUGCUGACGGGUGGGAGAGGGAUAAUUCUAGCCAAUUUCAUUCGGGUUAUUCUAAAUUGUACGGAAAUGCUCUAGAGGGAAGAACAUAUUCACUGUAUGUGAUGUCCAGCUGUUAUUGUAAGGCAUUUUGUAUUGUCUGCACACUAUAUAAAGCUUGUCUGGU